AUGUCCAUGGAUCUUUGGAUUAAAGAAUCUGCAGCAGGAUUAGCAAGAGAUCUAUUUCAAAACUCAAUCAGCGGCUAUGGCGCUCUGGAGACGACAAACGAGCUCGCAACGCUGAGAAGUACCCACAAACUCUCUUCUGCCCCAUCGCAUGGAACAUCCUCAUCACCACGACUCCAUCGGACAUUGAACAAACGACAUCAUCUUGGAAAUGGAUCUGUGCAACAUUCGAACUUCUCAUCUAGCCUCGAUACAUCUUCAGACGCUGAUACAGAACUUUCUGAUUUUCUUCUGCAAGAAUGCACCUUAGGAGGAGCCAGUGCAUCGAGCUCUCAAUCAGACUUGACCUUGGGACUAUCACAUGCGUGUGCAGCCAACACGGAGCGAGAGCAUCGAGGCCGUCUCAGGAGGAACGACAGCUUUGAACCCGAACUAUCCAGGUCCAAGCAAAAAUCAUCGGCACAGUCGUGGCAUAUGAACAUAGACCUAUCACAAGAGAGUUCUCACGACGAUGAUUCGACAAUGAAUAGGGGGACUCCUCCAGCAUGGUCCGUCUCCAUGACGAGCGAAGAUCGUCACCGAGAGCUAUCUCGAGGGUAUCACACCAAGUCAACGGCUGAAGAUGGUGCGCCUGAUGUGGCAUCGGCGCGAAGGAAGGAAAAGGCUCUCAGCAGACUGCAUCUGAUCUUCUCGCAGAUGCCUGCUGUGACACAAUCUACGAGUGCUGUAUUGAAUCAGACAGAUUCCUUCGAAUCGUCUUACAAUCAACUUUGUGGAGGAGAGGACGCUCAGGAAUGGGCUGAAUUCGAGGCGUCUCUGUUUCGUGCUUACAGCGGACAGCCACAGGCCGUGGUGCAAGAUCUCGUCCAGAGACAGCAGCAAGAACAAAUCACAGAAAUGAUCACAACACGGCAAGCACCAUUGGGAGCCAAUCUCCUAAAUCAUCAUGUGUUGCAACACUUGCAACCGUCGAAAGAGGUUCUGGUGCAACAAACUCAAGAACUGAGGAAGGACGAAGAGCAACCGAAGAGCGAGGAACCGAUGGUCGAGUUCCAUUGUCCGUGGAUUGACUGUCACAGCAGAUUCCAACAAUGUACUAAUUAUAUUCGAGAUACUGAUAACCCUGACUCGCUCCCAUGCGCACAUAGCGGUUGCGAGCUCGAGUUUGCCACUGAAGAGGUAUGGCGUAAGCAUGUUUCGGCCGCUCACCACAAUCUACUGCCCAGACUCCAACCAGUUGGGGAAGCUGAAAUGGAAGCUGCGUGGGACAAGACUCGGUCCUAG